AUGGAAGGGAUCAAUCGGAACCGGAGGUUCAUUGACGAAGGAAACCCGCGAGAACGGUGGUAUCAUUACGUCUACAAGGCCAAGUAAGCCACUUUUUAUAUUACCCAUGACAAAACGAGGUCUAAACUAGAUUUUAACCCGUUUUUCAUCUAAGACUGGUAUGAAGCAACCUCAAUGGUGCAUUUUGGCAGGUCAAUAGUCAAUUUGCAAGCUAAUUUACCGCUUUUAGACUUAUGUUGAAUCGAAUUUUCACAAGCGACAAAGAUUAUGUUCCGAUGGCGAGAUUUGUCGAACAAAACGAAGGAUACGUAGAAUUGAGGCAACCAAAAUGCAGAUUCUGCAACAAAGUAACAAAUUUAAAUUGUAAAUACGAGAUUUGAAGAAAAUAAAAUGUGAAACUCGACGAAACUCUGCAAAAAAUCGACUGAUUUUCGAUUUUUAGCCUAGAAAAGCAAGAAAAUCGAAUCUUCCGGCUAGACAAGCAUUAAAGACUUGCCAACAGCGCCUAAAUUGACCGUAUUUUAGCUAUAAGACCCUAAUUUUUCGAGGAUUCACGGCGGUUUCAAAGCAACCCUUCGAAUGGGCGAAAAAAACUUUUCGAAAAGAAAGAAAUGAAACGCGUGCAAAUUGCGGGACCAAGUUAUACGAUAGAAGUUUUUCGAGUUACAUUGCAAAACAAAGAAAAGCAAUUUAUUCGCGUGUAACACGGUAUAUAAACGGGUCUAAAUCGGUGAACUAUUCAUAAUUAUAUAGAAUUAAAUAAAAAUAUGAGGUAUGGGUUCAACCGUGAUGAUCAUAAUCUUCGGAUUCCAUAAUUACGUUCGCGAUGUUUCACCGCUUAUAAAAAGCAUGUCGACGUUCCUUUUCUACUAGACUAAAAAAGAUCAAAGAACACACUGAGCCAAGAGAGUCCGCAAUAAGAUUGCCCUGGAAGUUACACUUCAUCUUCAUUAUUAAGGAGAGCUUUACAGGUACCUGACGGGUGCAAACAUUUUGCCUGUGGGAAUUCCGUUUAUGGGAAAGUUUUUUCACAACGAUCGCUCUUCUUCAAGACAAUGAAGAUACUAAAUGAAUUUGGCAUAAUCACAAGGUUAUGGACCAUUUCAGUCAUAAAACACAUGUGCAAUAUUGAGGUUUUGUUUCAAAAUGUUUGUUCUCUUUUGCAACUUUGUUGCUUUAAAAUACCUCAUUUAAAAUUCAGAUCGUUUAAAAUAGAAAUACUUACCUUCCCGAAUGUCGGACAUUACAAGGAGACACAUUUGUAGCACAUUUGCGCAACGUUUUCUAGUGUACAAUGUUUUUAAGUGGAAGAAGAGGUCUUUAGAACUCAUUUUGGUAUGCCUACUGUAACCUCAUAGUCUUACAAUACAAGUAAAUUUUUUUAGAAUUCAUAUUACUGAAUAUUCUAGAGUCCUAUACAAAUCAUGUUGAGUUAGUUCAGCUGUCUCAAGUGUAACAUAAAACAAGAAAAAUGUAAUCUACAGGUUAAGUACAAUUAACAACGUCAAAAGCAUUCACGUAUCAACUUUAUUUUAUGCAAAUUUUGUGGUUGUCAACAAUUCCUACGAUUUUACUGCGAUUUCUCUCCGCCGAUGCCAUGACUACCGUAUCUUUCGCUUUAAACAAUGGUUCAAAAUCGAAGUCGAUGAUCCAAAUUUUUUAUGUAUAAACAAUCGCUGUUUGAUUAAGUUUCUAAAUCUCUGGUCGAUUUUUGAUUAAAGGUCUCAUUAAAAAGAUACUGUAGUUUUAGUGACGUUUUUCAAACCUCUGAUUUUUUGGUGUUUUUCAAAAGACUAUAACUCCUAGUAUAUCCCACCGUUUUUUGCAUUUAAGGUGUUGUUCGUUUUGUCAGGAGCUUAGCUCUGUAACUAGGCUAUCAGUUUUUCCAAAUUUCACCGUAUACGUAUGUUACACCAGUUGUAAAAUACGGUUUUUUCGGCUUUAAACAACAUACCUCUAAAUCCAACCAAUUUUCGAAAUCUUUAUGCCAUUAUAUCAGUAAAGUAAUGCUCUUUCUUAAUCUCUGGUCGAUUUUUAAUCCGACCCUUACUAACAAAGUUAUGACUAAAAAGGUCCUAAAAUCGCCAUUUUCCGCUCCGCGAGCUGCCGCCAGGCUUCAAAAACGAGACCAAACGAAGGAAAUUUUUUCCCUUUGUUGAAACCGCCGUGGGAUUCCGUGAAAAAUCACAAAAAAUUCAUCCAUCGCCGCUUUCUCUGCGUCUCGCCACGAAAACAAACAGAGCGAAAUAGAACGCCAAAUAAAUUCGGAAAAAUGUUGACGUGGACGAAAAUGUUUUAGAAUUGGUGGAAAAAGGGUUGAUGUGGCAUGAUCCAAGCAGAAUUUUUGAUAAAAAUAAAGCGUAGAAAAAAUUUUCCACUUCUCUUUCAAUUGUUUUAUUAUUCAUGACGAUUUUAUUGAUAUUUCGCUGAAACAAGCUCAGUUUUCUUCUUUUCGUGCUGCUAAAAUAAUUUUUUUGUUGUAUUUCAGAGCCGGAAAUAGUCAUGGCUUCUUGGGACGACUAUCUUCUGAACCAGGAGAAUGUCGAUGGAGUUCGGUUUUCCUGGAAUAUGCUUCCGCACUCCAAGGUUGAUGCACAGAAGCUUGUGGUUCCACCUGGAGUCUUCUUCACACCUUUGAAAGUAAGUUUGUUUUGGUUUUUAUUGAAUUUGGCUUUUAGGGUUUUCGAAAAUUAAAAAUUUAGGGGAAGGUACACCUAAAAUAAUGUCGAUUAAUGUCGUGGUAAAAUUCACAAAAUUUUUAUUUGUAGGACCUUGUAAGAGAGUCUUAGAGUUUGUAUACGAAAGAUUAGACCUUCCAGCAGUUCUUUUCCAUCUAAAAAUAUUGUUUUUAAAUUGUUUUAGGUGAAGAAAACUAAAAAAAUUUGGAACUAUUCUUUCACCUAAACAUGCAAAUCCUUUUCAGGAAAGACCCGCGGAGCUCCCACCACUUCCGCCUCUUGAUUAUGAUCCGGUGCUAUGUCAAAAACAGCAGUGCAAAGCGGUGCUAAACCCCCUGUGGUAUGUUUGAUCUAAAUUAUUGUAAAUUGUUUGUCUUUCUUCAUGAAAAUAAUGUGUCUUCUUUCAGUAUUGUUGAUUACCGAACAAAGUCAUGGACAUGUGCCAUUUGCCACAACAGAAAUGUAUUCCCACCACAUUAUUCCGGGAUCUCCGAAACCAAUCAGCCGCCAGAUCUCAAUCCUGCUUUGACUACGAUCGAGUACACUUUGAGGGUGAGAUUUUUAGAUUUUUUGUUGGUUUUUAGGUAACAGAAGGAACCGAGUUGGAUUUUAACUUAUGAUCGUUAUAUUUUCGAUGAAUGCAAUAAAAGAUUCAACGAUUUUCUUCCAUCUACUAGAAUAUAAUUUCAGAAAGCCACAACUCUCCCACCAAUCUUUCUUUUCGUUGUUGACACCUGUGUUGGAGCAAAUGAACUCAAAUCGUUGAAGGAUUCAAUCCAAAAAGAGUUGGCAACACUUCCAGCAGACUCGUUUGUUGGGUUGAUCACGUUUGGACGAACAGUCGAGUUGAGGGAAUUGGAUGCCAAGAACUUGGGGAGAUCCUACGUCUUUUCGGUAAGGUUUGGGGAGAUAAAUGAGGGAAUAUCAGUGUAAAACUUGAACGAAAAAAUGUAUUUUUUUAGUUUUGUCAUACUUGA